AUGGCGCAUCUCGUCGAGCUUCAGAACGUCCGCUUUGAGCACCACCGCACAGGGCAGGCGCUGGGCAUUGGGAGUUGCUCCCCGCGCAUUUCCUGGCAUUACACCGCGCACAGCCCCGACUGUCGCGACUGGCUGCAAACGGCAUAUGAGAUCGAAAUCACCCUCGGCGGUCACACACGCGUGUACCGCGUCGAGAGCUCAGAAUCUGUCUUGGUCCCUUGGCCAGCUAAUCCUCUUUUGUCUCGCCAAAUCGCUCUCGUCCGCGUCAGGGGUUACGACAGCAUCUCUACGCCCACCGCAUGGUCGGCGGCUGCAACCGUCGAGGCUGGGCUUCUUCAGCUCUCAGACUGGAGUUGCCAAUUCAUCACUAGCAACGAGCCCGCGGAUCUGGACACGCCUCGUCUGCCCCUGCUCUUCCAGCACGAGUUUGUCCUCUCCCCCGCCUUGGUCUCGUCCGUCGCGCGUGCGAGGGUUUACGCGACUGCACACGGUCUGUAUGACCUCUCGAUCAACACGACUCGCGUUGGAGACCAGCUCCUUGCGCCCGGUUGGACCGAGUACGAUGCGCGACUCGAGUAUCAGACGUACGAUGUAUCCUCGCUCCUCCAGCCGGGUUUCAACACCAUUGCCAUCGAAGCCGCCGAAGGCUGGUUCUCCGGUCGCAUUGGAUACACCGGGGGCGAACGCAAUAUCUGGGGCACAGAACUGGCGGUCCUAGCAAUGCUCAUCGUCGACUAUACAGACGGGCAGAGCGAAGUAUUGGUCAAGACCGGCAACGGGUGGUUUUGGACCAGGAGCGCCACAAGGAGUGCGGAAAUCUACGACGGCGAGCACUUUGAUGCGCAAUAUGAUCCGGUCCAUGAUGGCCUCUGGAAGCCUGUCUCAACACUGGCUCUUGAUCGCCCCGACAUCCUCGCGGCACCUCUGGGCCCACCGAUCCGCGCGACCGAGCAGGUAGCAGUGCGCAAGCUCAUCACCAGCCCGACCAGGAAGAUUAUUCUAGAUUUUGGACAGAACCUCGUUGGGUAUAUUCGUGUUUCGGUAUCCGACGACUCUUUGCUCGAGGGCAAAACCAUCACCCUCCGCCACGCUGAAGUCCUCGACCAGGGUGAAAUUGCGACCAGGCCUCUUCGCUUUGCGAAAGCCACCGACAAGCUGACAUUGUCCGGGAAACCGCUGGAGUGGACUCCCAAGUUCACCUUUCAUGGGUUCCGGUAUGCGCAGGUCGACGGGCUGGAUGACUGGUCGUCGAUCACUUUCACGGCGAUUGUGAUUCACUCUGACAUGGCACGCACGGGCUGGUUCAAAUGCUCAAACCCUCUAAUCAACCAGCUGCACUCGAACAUUGUCUGGUCGAUGCGUGGUAACUUUGUGGGUCUCCCCACCGAUUGUCCCCAGCGGGACGAGCGACUCGGGUACACGGGCGAUCUUCAGGUCUUUGCCCGGACAGGAAAUUUCCUCUACGAUACAUGCGGAGUUUUGAGCACCUGGUUGCAAGGGGUGGCAGCAGACCAGGCCCGAGAUGGAAAGGGCGUUCCCCCCAUGUUCUCGCCCAACGUGCACCGCAAGAAGCCCAACUUCCGAGCAGCGGUCUGGGGAGACUGCACCGUCAUAGCCCCAUGGGAGCUGUACCAGUCCUUCGGCGAUGUGGACCUUCUUCGCACCCAGUAUCAAAGUAUGAGCGAUUGGGUGGAGAAGGGGAUCACGCGAGACGAGCGCGGUCUGUGGGAUCCCAAGUGCACCUUCCAGCUGGGCGACUGGCUGGAUCCCUACGCGCCUCCAAAAGAGCCAGCGAGGGCUGCCACCGAUCCCCAGCUCGUGGCCGAUGCAUACCUGGUUCGCGUUACGGACUUGAUGGCGCAGAUAUCCAAAGCCCUUGGCAGUCCUGAUGCCACAGACCGGUAUCUCCAACGAGCCUCGAGUCUCAGAAAGGCAUUUCAGGAGGAGUACGUGACCCCAAAUGGCCGCCUGGCUUCCGACUCCCAAACAGCGUUUGCCCUCGCCAUCUACUUUGACCUCUUGCCAUCGGCCAGAGCACGCGAGGUUGCGGCCAAUCGGCUCGCCUACCGGAUCAGAUACCAUGAUCGAUUCAAGAUCGGAACCGGAUUUGCCGGCACCCCCAUCAUCGGGCAUGCCCUCACCCAGUGCGGAAAGUCGCACAUCUUCUACCGGAUGUUGAUGCACAAGAAGAAUCCGAGUUGGCUCUAUCCGGUGACGAUGGGAGCUACGACCAUCUGGGAACGGUGGGAUAGUAUGCUGCCAGACGGAAGUAUCAACGAGGGCGAAAUGACGAGCUUCAACCAUUACGCGCUGGGGGCAGUGGGCGACUGGCUGCACAGGACUGUUGGUGGGCUUUACGCGCUUGAACCGGGCUGGAAACGGUUCGCUGUGAGUCCAGUGCCCGGUGGGGGGUUGCAGUUUGCCGAGACCCAGCACAAGAGUCCAUACGGUCGGAUCGAGUUCGACUGGAAGCUCGCAGGAAAUGGCCGUCAGCUCAAAGCGACGCUGCUGGUGCCGCCAAACACGGUUGCAGAGGUGCGCCUCCCAGGACAGUUGGUGCAAGAGGUGGGAUCCGGACGGUAUGAGUAUGAGGUGGCCAUUGAGCCCGGUGACUGGCCUCCAUUGCCCAUAUAUCCCCCGUACAUGCCCCAUGACGAUGAUAAGCCGUAA